UGCCAUUUUCCCUGAAGAAUAAGGAAAAUCACGCCCCUUUCUCACCCUCGAGUGGUCGUGAGUCCCUCGCUCACCCCUCCAUGAAGAUUUGUCCUCGUACAGACUGCAAAAGAGUGCAAGUCGUCUUGACAGAGGAGCGGGAGAAGGGCAGAAAGAAAAGGGGGUGGGGAAGAAUCAAACGUACGCAUCAAUUUGUACAGUCUUCAGCUGCACCCCGUUUUCUGCGCUGAUUUUAGGGGGAGCGGCUGGGAAAACACUGCGUUAUUUGCGAAGCCGCAACAAUGUAAAUCUUUUCGUGCAGCGAGUUGCCUGUAUGUUUAAACGCGUGUAGGUCAAUGUACAGUACGAACGGCAGCAGGAGAGAAAAAGAAACGGAAGAUACGCAUCGCUGGAUAUUAUAGGUAAGAAGAGGAGAAAAUGGAUGCUUAUAUUUGACUCUUUGGCCAUGUUCAGAUGGUUCCCCCUUCCUCGCACUCCCGUCUUUGUGCUUUACUAGUGUGCAUAGAUUAUGCUGAAAUCAUAUUGCAAAUCGGGGUGCGUAACCACGCAGGUCUCGAGUGCUCACAUUCCACGGAGCUCGACAAGAAUGCCAUUCGCCAUUCUGAUCCCAAAGCUUCCUCGUAUGAGAAGGAAAAGACGGGGGCGGGGGGGUACUCGCGACCCUUUCUCCUCGUCUUGUCAGGAUUGAAUGUGCAGUGCAUUGUCUGAGAACUGUAAUCCAGAGGUCGUCCAGUUAGUACAGUAGAGCACUGCCUCUGCAUGCGUAUCAAUAACAAGCAGCAGAAGAAUGGAAGAAAGGAACGUUGCGAUGCAUGUGUUUGCAGUGGGAGAGUGGAAGGCUUUUGGUAUGCAUGGAGCUUGGCCAAGAUUUUGGUAAUGGACUCCUGAUGAAUGAAGGUUCACCUGUAGACAAGAGUGCUGGCAGCAUUUAUUGUUUGUCAUUUGGAUAUAUUACCUUGUGCACAUUGUAAUUGGAUCACAAAUAUUACAUUUAUGGGAUACGCGCUAGGUGCAGUCUCUGUGUGUUUGGCACUAGAAUUAAUUCUCGUUUUACAAAUGAGUAUUUUGUUAAUUGUGGCCAUGAUGGAGUAGCCCGAGUAUUCACUGUGUUGGUUGUCAACAGCCUGUAAAUCUGUUUAUAUGUAAUAUUUAUCAGUGCUGUGGUUUUUAUCUUGUGUUCAGUGGUUUGGGUGUAAAUGUACAUUUUGCAGUUUUAAAGGCGGCGCUAAAUACACUCACUCACUUCACAGUCUGUUAGAGUGCUAUAUAUAGUCUCAUUCACAAUAAAUAAAUGAAUGUGUGCGUGUGUGUGUGUGUGUGUGUGUGUGUGUGUGUGUGUGUGUGUGUGUGUGUGUGUGUGUGUGUGUGUGUGUGUAAAAGAGAGAGAGAAAGAGUAGAGGCUGAUUUGAAAUACUGGAGUGACUUACUUAACCUCCUACCAACACUGUAUCUUUUUGUCUCCAUCUAAUUAUUUAUCAUCCUUCUCUCUCUCUCUCAAACAAGUGGGAGUUUGUCAGCUUGUUUUUCUCAUGAAAAAAUUUAGUGUCUCUUAUGGUUGUGUUUAGAAUAUGGGUCAUGUGUUCAAAAGGCUGACGUGCCUCAAAAUUUGAAAAAUGAUUCACUACAACUGUGAUGAGGUUAAUUAGCAAUGUUAUUGUAUGCCAGUACAUUCUUGCAUCUUUGCUAAGCGAUUGUGUUUGAAUUAGCCCAAUAUUGUCAGACUAUAAUUUAAACAUUAUUCAAGAAAAAUAAAAAUAAAUUAAAUUGCUGUCAGUGAAGCAGGCUAGAAACAAGAAGAUAGAACAAAAAAAAACUGUAUAUCUGUAAGAACCUUCCAGUUAAAUAUACUCUCUGAUAGUGGAAAGAAUCUGAGACAAUUAAGUUUCUAUCACAUUAAAGGGGUGUUUGAAAUAACGUUUAACACUUCAAAUGUAAAUGGAAACUUUUCUUAUUACAUCGUGUAAAGCGUGUAUUUGUGAGUAUUUAUGUAAAUACACGAGUGUGUUUGAAUAUUAAGUAUGUAUUUCUGUGCAUGUUGCAUUUAGAGUGUUGUGUGUAUGUUGAUCUUUUGGUGUAAGCAGUGCCUCUCCCUAUGUUGGCUGCAGUGGAUGGUUUUUCCAGAGCUCCAUUCAACAUUGAUGACUGAAGCUCAGUUUCAGAGUACCACAGACCCUCUGAAGUACCAUGCAGUCCACACAAAAAUAUUUUUCUAAUACUGUAUAGCAUUAUUGUUCCCCAACACUGUUACUGCAAACAAUAUAAUGUUUUAGUGUCUAUGCUGUGUAUACAUUGUGUUGAUUACAGAUUGUUUAAUCACAAAUCAUUUAAUUGAUUAUGAUGGAUAUACCAAAGAACAUUUGGUUAUAAUUUUGCACUUAAAGUGGACCAAUCUCAUCACCCCUUCAUAUUACAUGAGAAGGGAAUUAAAUGAACAAUUUACCUUGUCCUGGUAGCAUUGAUAGAUUUAUUAAGUAUCUGAUAACAAAUAGAAAUACAAGUACUAUAUUUAUUAUACUAAUGCUAUGGUAAAGUUUACUUUGACUUCAGUGGUAUUCACUCUGUUCCCCCAGGUGUUAAAAGAUUUAAUGCUAUGAUAGGCAGCCUGUAGGCCAACCGUCCUGAUUGUGGUCACGUUCCCGCUUUCUGUAAUGGUUGACUGGAAGGAAUGGACCACAUAGAGAGCUAGUCAUGAAGACCCGAACCAACAAAGAAUCGAUGCCCGCUCGCAGUGGACGCAGGAGGGGGGGCAGUGAGGAAAGGAGGGGUAGACGUCCGCACCCCAGCCCGUCCCGAGCAGAGCGCAACGAAAGGCAAACGCAGAGAACUGCUGGAGAGGAAUUGGCUGUUGGGCUUUUCAGCCGGAGAUCUCAAGGCCAUGAUUCAUCAGAAAGUGAAGGGGAGGAGCAUGUGCCACCGCUCAAAAGACAGAAAGUCCAGGACUCUUCCAAUCCCCCAGCCCCACCCCUUUCAACUAACACUCCGACUUCAGCUCCACCUCCAACGUCAAGCAACAGUCAAUCAAGAGAAAGUGACAAUGAGGAUGGCCAAUCACAAGGCAGUCGGAGCUCAGUUGGAGGCAGCUUAGCCAAUAGUAGCAGCAGCAUAAGCAGUGGACGGGACAUUGACCAGGACAAUCGAUCCUCUUCUCCGAGUCUCUCUGCUUCCCCCUUGGCCAGUUUGGAUUCUGAAUCUGACUCUCCGGAUUCCCCAAAGCAGGGUGAUAAAAUCAAAGAUGGAGGGGCAUCGAAAUGUGUAGCAGAGGAUCAGAGAGGCUCAGGGAGAGGUGAGGAUGGCAGACCAGAGGACCAGAGGGACAAUGAGGGAGGAUUGGAGGCAGAUUUAUCUUCCUUAAAGUCCUCAUCAUCCCUCUAUACAUCUCAUCGUGGAAUGGUGGACAAUGCAAGUGAUGCAAGUAGCAACAGGAAGUCAUACUUUCCCCUAGAUUCCAAACUUGCAAACAAAGUGGAGUAUACAGGUCCUGGUGGUCCCGAGACGCUACACACCUGCAGUCGCAUCCCUUCUAAAACAAGCACUCAGUGUGGGAAACCUGGGGUGGGAGGAGCGGAGUAUUCCCAUGGGAAUUCAAAUGUGAGCCAUGGAUCGACACUCCCACCUCCACCUGCCCUGAAACCUCUAGAGGUGGGGCAGAAUGCUCCAGGUGGGGAUGGUAAAGCAGAUAAACCAGAGAAAGGUGAUAAGUCUGUUCCACCCUCCUUGCUUCCACAAACUAGUACGGUUCCCCAGCAACCUCCUCCUCCCAACACUCACCAUUACACCCCCACCAGCUGGUCAGGGGGACCUCCUUCUAGUUGUCCUGGCAACUGGGGAUAUGUACGUUACCCAGGUAACCACCACACACAUCCAAGCCAGCAGCCCCCAGUGCAGCAACAGCUUCCCUCUGUGUACAAUUCUCCUUCAUCCACCCGACACUCCUCCCACCCACCUUACUUAUCUCACCCUCAUCCCCACCCACACAAAGAGUUCCUGCCCAGGUAUAGCACUGCAGCUGAACGGGAGAGGGGUGGGAGGGAAUUUGGCAACAGAGACUUCCCUGCAAGUAAUAGCAGUAGCAAUGCAAACAGCAGCAGCGGUAGCAUCUGUGGUAGCAUUUCUGGUGGUGGAGGACCCAACUCUAAUGUGGGCCGGGAUUUUGGGAACUCGCUACCUGGACAGAACAGAGAAUAUAGUGCAAACCGGGAUGGACCUGCAGGACCACAGAGUGGUCGGGAAUAUGGACCAGGGUUUAGAGAUCGGGAACGAGGAACUGGGAGGGAGUUUCCUUUGCAAAACCAGCAGCUUCAAGCACAGGGCAGAGAGUUUGGAACUGAAAGCACUGGAGGGGGUGGAUUUCAUCCAAGAGACAAGAACAGUAGGUGGGGAGAUUUAGCAGGCCAAGUUAGGGAGGCAGGAAGUAACAGUUAUGCUGGUAAUGCCAACCAAGCACCUGUAGGUGCCCCACAAUCUGCUUUACCUUCAGCGACCCUGGUGAACCGUGACCCAGCCAUUUCACCACAAAACAGCUCUGGUCAUCCUCCCUUUCCCUCAACAAAUUCCAUCCCCACAAGUAGAGACUAUCCCUCUCCAAUAGAUGCAAAUGUGCAGCAGACACUACAAGGACAGACUCCCCAAGCAGCCUCCAAUACUGCAGACCUUCCUCCCCCUCCAAUCUAUUUAAGAGAGUACCCUCCUCCAGGGUCAAACGAUCCUUACCCACCCCCUGGAUCAACCUCUUCUUCUGUCCCACUUUCUGGUGUGCCAAGGGAGUUCCCAAGCCCACCUGGACUGGCCCCAAAUCUUACUCGGGAGUAUCCUGGAGGACCUCCACUUCCACAUCACCCUCACUAUCCUGGCCAGACAGCCUUGUCUAUGCAGCGCAGAGACAGAGAGCGGGAAAAGGACAACACUACAUCUACUCUUCAUUCAAAUCGCAAUCACCCUCAAUCCCUUUCUCCUUCAUCAAGUGGUUCUGGACCUGGUCAUCCAAACUCUACUUCAUAUCCCCCUGCACCUCCUCCACCCUCCACUAGUUCACAUUGUCAGCCCACAUCCAUUACAUCCCUUCCAGGCAAUCAUGCUCGACAGGGCCCAUAUUCUUCAUCCAAUAAGACUCCACCAGCCCCGCUCUCUCCUAUUCCCAAUCCGAUGGGAGGGUUUACUCCUUUUCCAUCAACCUCUGCUCCUUCUGUACCACUCCCUGCAUCAGGUGUAUCCACCUCUUGUUCAUCAGGUUGCAGGCCUACUCCUUACCAUGGCACUUUAAGCAGUCAUACUCCUUUCAGUAGCUCGUACCAUGGCAAUGGUAACCAUGGAAAUAGCAAUGCCAAUGGCAAUGCUCCCAACAACAGCAAUAGCACUAGCACUCCAUCAUUAUUGCACUCCCCUCAAAACACUAAAGUACAACCGCAUCUCAAUAAACCCUGUCAUAACAACACUGCUUCAACCCCCAGCACAUCUGUUGGAGUAGAUGGUCACUCUGAUUCAUCUUCUGGCCCAGUGCCACCACCUGUCAUCAAGGAGGAGCCAGUAGAGGAGAGGGAGGAGUUGGAAAGCCCUCCUCCAGUUCUCCGAAGUCCUUCCCCAGAACCAAAACCUGUUGACAUUCCAGUUCAUGCCAGCCAAUCAGCUCGGUUCCACAGGGUUCUUGACCGGGGUAAUGGGAACUCUUGCGCCCGUAGUGAUGUUCUGUUUGUUCCGCUUGAUGGUUCUAAGCUUUGGAAGAAGAGAAAUGAGGCCAUAGAACGUGCUCGUAGAGAGGUCGAACAGCGAGUGAGAGACCUGCGAGAGAAAGAGCGGGAACAAGAUAGAGAAAAGGAGAGAGAGAGAGACCUGGACAGACAUCUUCAGCAGAAGGACAGUUGCACAAGUGCAGGAUUAGGAGCUACAGCCACACGCCAGGGCUCUUCGCUUUUCUUUCCUCCUUCGUCCUCCAUCCUUCUAGACCCUUCAUCAUCUUCCUCAUCCUCUGUGAACCCCUCGCACCCAGCAGCCCAUCCACAGUACCACCUUGCCCACCAUGCCUCACACCCCCACUCCAUUCACCCCUCUCAUCCUCUGCAUCACUCUCUCUCUCAUUCCAUUCCUCAUUCUCUUCUCCUUCCUUCUAUGGCAGGGGGCUCUCCAGUUGUUGGAGGCCCUCAUGGUGCUCUUGGCAUAGGGCUUGGGGGUCCAUACUUGGGGCCUGAUACUCCAGCCCUCAGAACCCUGAGUGAGUAUGCCCGACCUCACGCCAUGUCUCCGUUGGGUGCUGCCAGCCGUGCACAAUUACACCUUCCCCACCUUCACCACCACCCUCACCCGCAUGCACACGCACAUGCUAACGCUCAUCCCCAUGUGCAUCCUUCAUUUUUCCUGUCCCAAUUCCAAAACCCAGCUCUCGCACACCCCCACCACCUUCCAGCCGACGCUGCCACGGCUGCUGCCAUUCUGGGCUUUUUGUAUGGGGGUGGACUGGAGGGAGGCCCUGCUCAUCCAGGGCAUGGUCCCGGGCCUGGUGGGUUGGCUGGGGCGGGGCUUGGAGGAGUGGGAUUCCCUCAUGCUGUAGCAGUUCAAAGAGAGCGCGUGAAGCCAGGAUUUGAGUUUAAGAGCGAGGAGCGUGUCUAUACAGCUGGAGCCUUAGCUGACCCGGCAAUAGCUUUGUCACACGCACACUCGCACACACACUCACACUCCUUGCUGUUGGGGGGCGGGGCUGGAGGUGGAGCUCCUGGUAGUGAGGUUGCCCUUUAUGGUACUACUCCACCUCCUGCACCACCCCCUCAAGCUUUAGCUGCAGCAGCUAGGAAUCCAAAUCCUGUCCCUCCAACUCUGUCAGUCCCAUCCACCUCCUCCAUUCUCCCAGUCACACUCCCCAACCACCAGGCUCCUGCAGGAGCCCCAGUGACACCAGCAGCCCCCGCCCCUCCCCCUCAACCUCCUCCCCCACCACUACCUCCUCCUCCUCCUCCUCCAACAGCCUCAUCUCUUCAAAACUCUUCUCCACAUUCUACCUUUCCAAAUACACACCCUUCUUGUCAGCCCCCACCCCUCCCAACUCAGGCUACGCCCUCUGAACGAUAUCCCACCUCCGUUCGAACUCCUCCCAGCACCGAACGUGCAAGGAGCGUGGAGAGGGAAAGGGAGAGAGUGCUGCCUGCCACAGAGAGGGAGCGAGAGAGGGAUAGGGAAAGGGCAGGGACAGGUGGAGGAGCAGCAGGAGGAGGCACAGCAGCUGCAGGAGGCACAGGAGGAGGAGAUUCUCUCGGUCGGCCACAGAUGCUGAACGUGACUCCUCAUCACCACCAGCAUUCACAUAUUCACUCUCACCUACAUCUGCACCAGCAGGACACAGCCGCGGGAGGGGUACACCCCCUGAUGGAUCCACUGGCAUCAGGGUCUCCCCUGGUCCGUCUGCCAUACCCAGGGGCUGCUCUUGGGCCUCCCAUCCUGGCACACUCCCUCACUGACAGCGAGGUGCUUCGACAGCAGCUCUUUGGCGGUCCUUUUCGUGAGAUGCCCCAGUCCUCGUCUCUGGGUGGGUCCAUGUCUGCAGCACACCAGCUCCAGGCGAUGCAGCAGGCUCAGAGUGCCGAGAUUCAGUUCCAGAGACUUGCCCUGGAACAGCAGUGGAUCCACCACCAUCAUCACACCCUCGCCCAGGACGAGUACUACAGCCACCUAAAGAAAGAGAGUGACAAAACGCUGUGAGAAACACAGAGGACAUGAAGACAAGAAAAUGAAGAAGGGAUGAAGUGCAAAUAAAAAAGAAACAAUCAUUUCAAAAUUCUAAAUGAAUGACAACAAAUCUGGAUAGAGGUUUGGAUGUGACAUCAGAACACAUAUCAGUCUGAACUAACUUAAAUACAGGUGCAACAAACAAUGUGUAUAUUCCAAAAAAGGUAAAAUUUAUAACUCUGGCAUACAGCCUAGACACUGUGGCACUGAACAGUUAUUCCCAAAUGUCCUGGAGGAUUCCUUAUUGUGUUAUUUCAAACACCAGACAGAUGAGUUCAGUCAAUGUACACAUUAUGCCAGAGAGAAUAAGAAUCAAGUUCACUCUUAUGUCUUUGCAUGUAGCUAGAUACAAAAAGCCCAAUGGGCUAAAACUCUUGAUCUGUUUUUUUUUCUUCUUCUUUCUUUUUGUUUUUGGAAAACUUUACCACUCUGAAAGAGUUUAUGAAAGGGUGCAUGAGAUGAACAGCUUACCUUCUUAAUGUUUCUUUAAUGUGUUUUUAUUAAAAUUAUUAAUGUUGUUUGUUUGUUAAU